AUGCAGGUUGAGAAUGAUAGAACAUUUUGGAGUCAGAAAUAUGUUGAUAUUACGCCAUUCGACAUUCUAAGAGUCGAGGGCUCAACUUUCAAAAAGAGCUUCAAGGAUUCGUGUAGUGAGCCUCAUUUGGAAAUGUUGGACUACCUAGAAAAGUUCAUGAAAUCCUACACAGGAACGCCAAAAAUCGCGCAAGUAUGGCCGACGUAUUUGGCACACGACACAUUGAAGGACCUCUACCAUGCCGAUGAACACUUUCUUAAAUUUUUCAAAAAGAACCGAGCGAUCGUAGACAAAUCGUUUUUCUUCUUCAUGGGUGAUCAUGGACCACGAUUCGAGGGAAUUCGUGAAGUGCCCUUGGGUCAGUACGAGAAUCUGAAUCCAUUCCUCAUGGUGAUGAUACCGUCAAUGUACCGUAAUACAUCAAUACACCACCAAUUGUAUCAGAAGACUAACCAGUUAAUGACGAAUUUUGAUCUACACGCGACGAUCAUGGACAUAUUAAAGGCGUUGAGUAUCAGGCAAAUUCGGGUCGGCGGCGUUACGCAUUACGAUAUGACCGUCUAUUUGGAACCAUCAAUGGGUCUUUUCUCUGGAAAUGUUCAAUCCAAUUCAUCCGGUUUGACUGUAAGUUCCGAAUUCCAUCGUUUGAACGAGUAUGGUAAACAAGGAGAUUGCCUGGUCGACAAUCCUUUGCGGCCGCUCUGUCACUGCACGAAUACCACUGAACGGCCAAGAAAUGACAGUGAUGUUCGAACAACAAGAAAAGUUGCCAGUACUUACAAAGUAGUUCGGGUGUGA